AUGUUGAUGAUUGCAGUGUUCGGGGGCACACUGCAGGUCACUCAGGACAAGAUGAUUUGCCUGCCUUGCAAGUGGGUGAGAAACGCAACCUGUGAAACCAGGCCCGUGCCAAACGUCACCAUUCCCUUUGCGCCGGAGCCUAAGGGCAUCCAGUACGACCUCGACCGCCAUCAGUAUAACUAUGUUGACGCUGUUUGCUAUGAGAACAAACUGCACUGGUUUGCCAAAUACUUCCCUUAUCUGGUGCUGCUUCACACUCUCAUCUUUCUUGCUUCUAGUAAUUUCUGGUUCAAAUUCCCUCGCACAAGUUCAAAACUGGAGCAUUUUGUUUCCAUACUUCUCAAGUGCUUUGACUCGCCGUGGACAACGAGAGCUUUGUCUGAAACUGUGGUGGAGGAGAGUGACCCAAAGCCUCAGGGAAAAAUUAACGGCUCUCUGGAUAAAAAGGCAUCUAGUAUUAGCGAAGAUGUGGAGGCAAGUGUGCCCAUGCUUCAGCGAACCAAGUCCAGAUUUGAACAAGGGAUCGUAGACCGUUCGGACACUGGGGUUUUAGACAAGAAAGAGGGCGAGCAGGCGAAGGCACUUUUUGAGAAAGUGAAGAAGUUUAGGAUUCACGUUGAAGAAGGCGAUAUAGUCUACUCUCUUUACAUACGGCAGACUAUCAUCAAAGUCAUCAAGUUCAUUCUCAUCAUCUCCUACACUGCUUACUACGUCCAGAACAUAAAGUUUAACGUCAUCUGCAACGUAAAGGCCAUGGAGAAGCUCACCGGGUAUAGCAUGUUUUACUGUGCCCACCCACUGGCGACUCUCUUUAAGAUCUUGGCGUGUUUUUACAUCAGUUUGGUCGGUGUUUAUGGUUUGAUCUGCAUGUACACGCUUUGCUGGAUGCUCAGUCGAUCCCUAAAACGAUACUCCUUCGAAUCCAUCCGUGAAGAAAGCAGUUACAGCGACAUACCCGACGUCAAGAACGAUUUCGCGUUCAUGUUACAUAUGAUAGAUCAGUACGACCCGUUGUACUCCAAGCGUUUUGCCGUUUUCCUUUCUGAGGUGAGCGAGAACAAGCUGAGACAACUCAACCUGAACAACGAGUGGACUCUGGAGAAGCUCAGACAGCGCAUCACCAAGAAUUCCCAAGAUAAGCUGGAGCUACACCUCUUCAUGCUCAGUGGUAUUCCGGACACAGUCUUUGACCUGGUGGAGCUCGAGGUGCUCAAACUGGAGCUAAUACCAGACGUUACUAUUCCUCCAAUCAUCGCGCAGCUUUCCAACUUGAGAGAGAUGUGGCUGUAUCACACUCCGGCUAAAAUCGAGGCCCCUGCUCUGGCUUUUCUGAGAGAGAACCUCAAGUCUCUUCACAUAAAGUUCACGGAUAUAAAAGAAAUCCCAUUAUGGAUCUACAGCUUAAAGAAUCUCAGUGAGCUGCACCUUACCGGCAAUCUUAGCGCUGAUAACAACCGCUUUAUUGUCAUUGAUGGUCUGCGCGAGCUUAAGUGUCUUAAAGUUCUGCGUCUGAAGAGUAAUCUGACUAAACUUCCUCAGGUUGUGACCGAUGUCGGCGUCCAUCUCCAGAAGCUCUCGAUCAACAACGAAGGAACCAAGCUCAUGGUUCUCAACAGUCUGAAGAAAAUGGUCAACCUCUCAGAGCUCGAACUGGUCCGAUGCGACCUCGAACGCAUCCCUCACUCCAUUUUUAGUUUGCACAACCUGCAGGAGAUCGAUCUGAAGGACAACAAUCUGAAGACCAUCGAGGAGAUCAUCAGCUUUCAGCACUUGCACCAGCUCGUGUGCCUCAAGCUGUGGUACAACCAGAUCGCGUACAUCCCCAUUCAGAUCGGCACGCUCACCAACCUGGAGAAGCUCUAUCUCAACAGGAACAAGAUCGAGAAAAUCCCUAAUCAGCUUUUUUACUGUCGCAAGCUUCGGUUCCUCGACCUGAGUCACAACAACCUGACGAUUAUCCCAGCAGACGUCGGCUUCCUCCAAAACAUUCAAUACUUGGCCGUCACUGCAAACAGGAUCGAGACGUUGCCUCCAGAGUUAUUCCAGUGCAAGAAGCUGCGCACCCUGAACCUGGGGAACAACUGCUUGCUGACUCUGCCGUCGAGGUUUGGGGAGCUCACCGGGCUCACGCAGCUGGAGCUCAGGGGGAACCGGCUGGAGUGCCUCCCGGUGGAGCUGGGAGAGUGUCGCCUGCUGAAGAAGAGUGGCCUGGUGGUGGAGGAGGAUCUCUUCAACACUCUGCCAUCAGAAGUGAAAGAACAGCUUUGGAGAGCCGACAAGGAGCAAGUUUGA